AUGCAGAGCAGAGCGCUAGCAAGAAUUCGCAGACCACCUUUAACGUGUGCGGUGAUGCUGGAAGUUAUUGCACAUAGGAAUGUAAAUUUAUGGAGUUGCCGGAGGGCAAUUCUGGGUCCCUCGAAAUCUGAGGGAGGCACCUGGAGACCUCAUCCCCAGGGGCCAAUCCUUGCAGAAUUCAGCACCCCAAGUCCCAAGUAUGGGCUCCCGGGGACAACAGGUCACCCAGGUCAUGAUCCUACCAUGGAGAGAGCUCCUGAAUACUCAUUUGGAGGGACUGAAUGUCCUAGUGCAGCGACCUGCUCACCAGGUCCUCGAUACUACAUUGAUUCAUCCAUCAGCAAUACUGGAAAGCAUGUGCCUCAGACAGCACUGGUGACAGCACGUUCAAAGACCAAGAUUGCGGUCACCCCAGGACCCAGUGACUACACCAUGGAACCUGCUAAAAAACACAUCUACCAUUCUGCACCGGCAAAUAGCAUGUUUUCCCGAACGAAGGACACAAAAAGUUCCCAAACCCCAGGUCCUGCUGCCUAUACCCUGCCCAGGGUUAUGGGACCCCGCACAGCAUCCACCCCUGCUGCACCAUGCUACUCCAUGACAUGGAAGAGUCAACACCAGAGCUGUUUUCAGGACAUGGCAAAGACUCCAGGUCCUGCGGCAUUUGUCAAGGUGGACCUAGAUGUUUACAAGCCCAAAGCUCCCAAGUUCACAAUGGGAAUUAAAACCAAAUCUGUUGGCACGGGUAUGGCUCCAGGUCCAGCAGAAUACAACCCUGGAAAGUUGUCAGUGACCAAGACCUGGGAUCCUGCUUUCAGUUUUGGAAUUCGACAUUCUGCGUAUGAAGCUUCUAUGGUACAUGAUUCACAACUUGAUUAAAGACAGAUAACCUGUAGAGAUGUUCUGUUCCUCUUUUGUGGCAGGGGGAUUCGGUGUGCCUGGGUGCAGACCAGUGGCUCUCACUGUCUCAUGUCUAUGCCUCAUCCAGCCCUCAUUUGGGAAAGGCAGCCUGGAAGAGAUUAGGGAGCACCCAGCCAAACUCAAACUUGA